UUUGAUGUGGCAGGAAUCAGGUACAUUCUUGUCGAAUAAGAUGUCAUCAGUGGUUUUUCUUCUUAAAUAGAUGUAGACGUGCGUCCAUAUGCACACAAGCUUUGCUGAGUCUGAUUUCCUUUCUUCGAAUACUCUGAAAAGCUUUGGAUGCUGAACAAUACAUUGCAAUUACAUUGGUCAAAGUUUUGAAUCAUGCUUACACACUUCAGUGUAAUCAUGACCAUCGUUGCAGUGGCUGAUGCUUGUGUAAUGUCUUGUGAGUGUGUUGACAACAACACUGUCACUUGUUUAAACAAGAAUCUGUUGGAACUGCCUCUACCUUUGCAAGGUACCAAGUUCCUCUUGGUUAGUAACAACUGGAUCCAGGCUCUUCCCAGAAAAGGUUUAGAAGAGUUACAUGUACUUGAUCUUACCAGCAACAACCUUAGUAAGUGGCUCGCUGGUGCUACUAGACUACCAAAUAUGGUAAACCUUACUCAUCUGCAUCUAAGAGGAAAUGGACUUAGUACUUUUGUCACUGGAGUGUUUCAAGAACUGAAGAAUUUGACUUACUUGGACCUCACUGAAAACAAUGUUAAAAUUAUCCCACAGAAGUUCCUCCAAGGUCUGAGCAAACUCCAAACUCUUAGUUUAAGCUUAAACCAGAUACAUACCCUCUCCUGUGGAGCUUUUGAAGAAGCAUCUGAACUUAGGGAGCUCCACUUGAACAAUAAUAACAUAGAGGUGAUAGAUACGUGUGUGUUUAAAAACUGUCAGAAUCUAAACAGGCUCUUCCUGUCCAACAACCGUUUGAAAAGUGUAAAUCAAGGGACCUUCCGAAGUGCCACUGGCCUUGUUCACCUUGAUCUCAGUAACAACAUGCUUAUCAUCGUUCCCACUGAUGCCCUUCAAGACACCUCUAAUCUCACCAGCCUCUACUUGCAGAAAAACUCCAUCAUGCAUGUUCCAGAAAAUGCAUUCUCUGGAUUAUCAGCAUUAAAAAAGCUGUAUCUUUACAGUAACCGCAUUGAUUUUUUAGCUGUGAGCUCUUUCAGUGGUCUUUACCAGCUUGGUGAACUAGACUUGAGUUUCAACCAGCUACAAUCACUCUCCUCGCAACAAUUUCAAGAUCUAAGUAAACUUGAAAAACUUAAUCUAUAUCGCAAUGCAUUGACAUUUCUUCCAAAUGAGCUGUUUAGUAAUUUGAAAAAACUAAAAGAACUAGAGCUUGACAGAAAUAAUAUUCAGGUCAUCACACCAGAUCUAUUUCAGCCACUUUCAAAGCUCAGGGUUUUACAGCUGGACAAUAAUCAUAUCACAGAUGUCAACCUAUCCUCGUUUGCAACAAUGAGAAAGCUUAAAUACCUGGAUCUAAGCAACAAUCAUUUGACAAAAAUUUCAAAAGGGAUUUUACAAAAUGAAUCAUUGCUACUAAAUGGUGCCCAGCACCAAUCCUCACAAGGGGGCUCUGAACUUAGCGACCUUAACCUGAGCAAUAAUAAAAUUCAGGUGAUAGACAAGCACGUGUUCAAGAACUGCACCAAUUUGAAGAAACUCUUUCUGUUCAACAACCAUUUGAAGAAUUUAGAGGAAGGGACAUUCAGGGGAGCACUGGUCCUAACUCACCUUGAUCUUAGUGAAAAUAGGCUUACAUUUGUGCCCAUCCUUGCACUUAAGGAUACCCCUAAUCUCACAAGUCUUUUCUUGCAGAAAAAUGAAAUUACAUUCGUCCCCAAAAAUGCUUUUGCAGGACUGUCUGCACUAAAGAAACUAGACUUGAGCAAUAAUGCCAUUUUAAGUUUAGAUGAGAAGUCCCUGAUGUCUCUGUUCAAUCUUGUGGAGUUAGAUUUGAGCUUCAACCAACUUAAAACUCUUACAAGUGCACUUCAUGACUUGGCAAAACUGAAGAUCCUUAAAUUGCACCAAAAUGCUCUGGUAUCACUUCCUAAUGGUGUGUUCAACAAUUUGACGGAAUUAACGGAACUACGACUUGAUAACAAUUAUAUAUCUGACAUCUUAACUGAUCUAUUCCGUCCACCAACUGAACUUCAAGAUUUAGACAUGGAUAGUCAUCAUAUCUCUGGGUUUAACUUAUCCUCAUGCACAACACUGACAAACAACCUCCAGAAAAAGAUUUUGCAAGAAACUUCAAAGGAUCUUUUCAACAUUACACCGCCUAACAAUAAUAAUAAUACGCCUAAUAAUAAUGCUGACAUGAUCGAUAUGAACUGUACCACUGCAAUCAGGCACUAUAAUUCCAACAACCACUUGAGAAGUGGAGAGAAAGGAACAUUUAAGCAUUCAAUGAGAUUGACUGAUCUUGAUCUUAGCAAAAACAAUCUUAGUACUAUCCCCAGUGGUGCCUUUAAGUAUACUACCAAUCUCACUAGCCUCUACUUGCAGAAAAAUGCUAUCGCCUUUGUCCCUGAAAAUGCUUUCUCUGGACUAUCUGAAUUGAGAAAAUUGGAUUUAAGCAAAAAUCAACUCGUUAUUUUGCAUGAAAACUCCUUUAUGGAACUUUUCCAGCUUUCUGAACUAGAUUUAAGCUUCAACCAGUUGCAGGAUCUUCCAUCAAAUGUGUUCCAAGACUUGGGAAACCUGGAGGUUCUCAAUUUAUAUCACAAUGAUCUGGCAUCACUUCCCAACAUCUUGUUCAACAAUCUGACCAAAUUAAGAGAAUUAGUGCUUGAAAGAAAUAAUAUCACUGUUAUUGCACCAGAUCUAUUCCACCAACUGACCGAACUCAGAGAAUUACAGCUGGACAACAAUCACAUCUUGGAGCUCAACUCAUCUUUAUUUAGAACACUGACAAAGCUGCAGGAAAUCUAUUUAAACAACAACAUUAUUAUGGAAAUUCCCAAGCAUUUUCUACACAAAGCCCAACAUCUGAAAGUUCUACAUCUGAUGAACAAUCAUAUUUACUCAAUUUUACGGUUUGCUUUCAAAGGCCUUUACAGACUCCGUUCUCUGAGGCUCAGCAACAACAACAUUUCUGUUCUUCAUGCUGAGAUGCUAAGUGGUCUUGCUGACUUACGGGAGCUCUGGCUAAAUAUUAACCAGAUAGAGAGGAUCCCAACUGAGUUUUUUGCAGGGCUUCAGAACUUGAGAACGCUCGACUUGGCCAACAAUGUUUUGGGUUCCCUGUCCAGUGAGGAUUUCAAAGACUUGACAGCAUUAAGAGAGUUACAUCUGAGUUUCAAUAAACUUGAUAAACUACCACAUAACAUUUUCAAGACACUGGGCAGACUGCAGAAACUCUUCUUGCAAAACAACCUCCUGUCCCACUUACCCCCAACAGUGUUCUCUUCUUUGACCUUUUUGCAAGAGCUUGAUUUGGAUAACAACAAGCUCCAGCAUCUUGCCACUGUACAAUUUCAAGGCCUGAAAAACUUGAAACAACUUGAUCUUAGAUCAAACCGGUUACAGUCAUUGGAUGAAGGGACCCUAAGGGAUCUGAUAGCACUGAAAUCCAUAUAUCUCAGCGCAAAUCCAUGGAACUGCACUUGUGCAUCUAUUAUGUAUGUCAGGACAUGGAUUCGUAAGAAUAGUCAGUUAGUAAAGGAUAGCACCACCUGCUCUAGAAAUCUUUCUCUUCCUGUCUCAGAUAUACAGCAUUGUGUAAGCGCUGCAUAUUUCUCUGUAUGUAAACCACAAACACAGAUAAUAACCACCAUAACAGCUGUCAUUCUUAUAUUCUGUGGGAGUUAGGUUUUUUCUGCAAAUUGCUUUUGUUUACUUUUGCUAUAGUGCAAAAGAUGCAUCUUAAACUCAGCCUUAGUGUGCAAAUGAUAAACUGUACAACAGCGCUGUAAGAAUGUGACUAUGAUGUGACUCUCAUUGAUUCAGUAACAAUUUUUAUUUUAGCCACAAAAAUGGCAUCUUGUAUAACCUUUUUUAUUGACCCUGCUUUGUGAUCAUGUGCAUUAAAUGCUAUACAAAUGAA